AUGUCAACUAUCAAGGAGAAGCUUAUUGAGAGUCUAAUUGAGGAAGAUGAAGCCUCCCAGAGGAAGAUCACCAUUGUUGGCACUGGUGCUGUAGGCAUGGCUUGUGCUAUUUGUAUCUUACUGAAGGAUUUGGCCGAUGAACUCGCCCUCAUUGAUGUCUCAGUGGACAAAUUGAAGGGAGAAAUGAUGGAUCUUCAGCAUGGCAGUCUUUUCUUUAAUACUUCAAAGAUUACCUCUGGAAAAGAUUACAUAGUAUCUGCAAACUCCAAAUUAGUUAUUGUGACAGCAGGUGCACGGCAACAGGAGGGAGAAAGUCGCCUUGCCCUGGUGCAACGGAAUGUGAACAUCAUGAAAUCAAUCAUUCCUACCAUAAUCCAGCAUAGUCCUGACUGUAAGAUGCUUAUUGUUUCAAAUCCAGUGGAUAUUUUGACAUAUGUGGUCUGGAAGCUAAGUGGCUUACCUGCAACUCGUAUAAUUGGAAGUGGUUGUAAUCUAGACUCUGCCCGUUUCCGUUACCUAAUUGGAGAGAAGUUGGGUGUCCAUCCCGCAAGCUGCCAUGGUUGGAUUAUUGGAGAACAUGGUGAUUCUAGUGUGCCUUUAUGGAGUGGGGUGAAUGUUGCUGGUGUUGCUCUGAAGACUCUAGACCCUAAAUUAGGAACUGAUUCAGACAAAGAGCAGUGGAAAAAUAUCCAUAAACAAGUUGUUGAAAGUGCCUAUGAGAUUAUCAAGCUUAAAGGGUAUACCUCUUGGGCUAUUGGACUGUCUGUAACAGAUCUGGCAGGAUCAAUUUUGAAAAAUCUUAGGAGAGUGCAUCCAGUUUCGACUAUGGUUAAGGGCUUAUAUGGAAUAAAUGAAGAAAUCUUUCUCAGUAUCCCUUGUAUCUUGGGGCGAAAUGGUGUCUCAGAUGUUGUGAAAGUUAACUUGAAUUCGGAGGAGGAGGCCCUUUUUAAGAAGAGUGCAGACACACUCUGGAAUAUCCAAAAAGACCUCGUAUUUUAAAGCCUCUUAAUGUUUCACCGUUCCAUAGAACAGAAGAUAUCAGACUGUGUAUUUU